AUGCUCUCCGCGUUGCUGUUAGCGUCCGCUGCGGCGGUGUCAGCCUACAACGCCACUGGGCCCUAUGGAGUACACAUCACUGGAAAAGAAGACUCGGCAGUCGAUGGAUAUGCUGGUGCUUGUCAUGCAGGUGCCGCGAUCGAGGGGCUCUGUUUCAUCGAUGGUGCACUGAACGGAAAUGAGACCUACCAGCAAUUCUACUUCAACGCAUCCGGCUACGACUUCGAGACUGGAGCCCCGUCCUCUUACGGUUGGCUCGAGUGGGAACUGCAGUUCACUAGCGGCGAGAACGGCGAGAUCGGCACAGCGCCCUCGGCGCUACAGAUCUUCCUGAACCUGGGUUCCAAUGUCAACACGGCGCUCUUCUACCCCGGCAUCGACGAGUAUACCAGCUUGCAAAAGGCCGACGACGGUACUCUCUUCAUCUCGGGAGGUGUCGAUGACAGCAGCUUCAACUCGACAUACCCCAACCCUACUACCUACCUGGGGAACUUGACCAAUUGGCACCUCUGCUACCAGUACACUGGAGGUUACUACUACCAAUCCAUCGCCUGGGUCACCACGCAGCCGCCGCACAACCCCUCGUGCGUACCAGUCGACUUGACUCUGGAGCAGAUCACCUAUUAA